AUGUCGCAGCCAUCGCCGCUCUCAGUCGCUGCCAAGCAACGCCUAUUAGAAGAGGGGAAUAUCGUCCGCGUAACCUUUGACGAUAAGAGCGGAAAUGCCCAGGACUAUUACAUUCACGAGAACGUAAUCGCAGAAGCAUCCACCUCUCUUUUCGACGAUAUCGUGGCCAAAGAGGGAGCAUUGCCACAGCUCGAUCUCGGCGGUCUCGCAACUUUUCACUCUGUGAACUAUGACGACGAGGUGUACGAGUUGCUUGUUUACUUCAUCGUCCACGAGGCCUUACCCGAGGCCAAUGUUACGACUGAGCAAGAGAAUCAAGCCACUCAACUGCUGCUUAUCGAAGUGUGGAAGCUGGCUUACAAUCUGAGAAUGCCGAAACUGCAGAAUGCGACUAUGCUUGUACUUCUCCAAUUUGCAUCACAGUAUGCGACUCCGGCUGAAGGUGUACAGAACGUUCUCGAAUGCUUCGAAGCGCCAGACUGGACCCCAGUGGAGCAAUUUGUAGUGGAACAGGCUGCGCUUGGGAUGCUGAAGUAUAAGACCAUCUCAUUCUGCACUGAUUGGCGCUCUGCACACGACACGGGAGAUAUUGAGAUCAAGAAAGCCCUAGACAAGCUGAUCCAGAACGACACAGUGUUCGACGACCGUGCAAGCGAGGGGCAGAGGGUCAAGUACAUGGUCGACGAGGACGUCAUGGAUAGCGACGCCGACGACGAUUCAGAAUAG